AGGCUCAACGCCAUAGAAACGGCUUCCCUGGACUCCGCGCCUCCCAAAGGGAGGCGGUGGAUGAGCAUGCUGCGAUGCAUGGGGGCGAUGGACGCCAAUGCCUUCCGUGCCGCCGUCCGCGAGAAUGCUCUGCCGAAGGUGUCCUCACUCACCUACCAAGGUGUCUUCAACGAGCACACCUUCUACACGGGCGGCCCUGAACGGCAGCAACCGGUUGCGCUGUCCGCGCAAGCCGCCCGCGUCGAGGAGGACCUCUGGGUCGCCUGCUUUCUGAAGUCCUGCCACGACGGCCAGCCCCGCGACGGCACGCCCAUCGACCUGGUGGUGGUGCUGGACAUCUCCGGCUCCAUGAAGCGCCCGGUGGGGAGCGGGGGCCCGCGAUUGCAGCUGGCGAAAGAGGCGCUUCGUGCGCUGCUGACCGGCCCUUUGCAGCCCCAGGACGGCUUCGGGCUCGCCACCUUCACCUCCAGCGCGGAGGUGCUGCAACCGUUGACCAGGCGACAAGACUUGGACCUGGAGACGUUGCUUCCUCGCAUCGCCCAGCUCCGUGCCGGCGGGGGCACCACCAUGGCCGCGGGCCUGGAGGCGGCCGCGCGCGCGGCCGGGCCGCCGCAGGCCCAGCGCCAGCGGCGGCUCCUGUUCCUUACAGACAUGGACGACCUGAGCCCUGGGCAGCUGGAUACCAUGGUGGCGGAGCAAGCGGCCAAUGGCCUCUAUGUGUCCUUUGUAGGUAUCGGUAUGGACUUCAACGCGGAUCUGGCAGAAGUGCUCACCAGGCACAGGGGCUCGAACUACUUCUGCGUCACUCGCCACGAGGAGCUGUACAAGACGAUGGUGACGGACUUUCACUUGAAUUUCUUUCCGGUGGCCUUCAACGUGGAAGUCACGCAGCAGAGCGACAACUGCCAGCUGCAGAAGGUCUAUGGCACCUCCUUCGACUUCGCCGAGGAGCUCGUUGAGGCGACUUGGACGCCGGACGCCCAUCGCUUCUACCCCGGCGCAUUCAAGGCUGCGGCAAGGACGCUGCUGCUGUGCCUGAGGAGGCGCCUGCGUGGGGGCUUGCCCAUGCCAGCGCUGCAGUCCAUCCUCGGCUUCCUGUCCUGCAACGUGCGCAGCGUGCUGAAAGUGGACAGCAUCUUCCCCUCCGCCGUGGACGCCCGCGGCGCCGUGGAGGGCGGCCUCGUGCUGUUGCGGCUGAAGGGUUUGAGGCCUUCGAGUGGAACCGCGGGUGAGGUGCGGCUAACCGUGCGCUAUGAGGCCAGCCCGGGUGAGCAGGUGGUGUUAUCUCAGGACCUGUCCUUUGACGAGUCGGAAAGCGAGGCGCCAGAGGCCUUGCGAAAGGGCUUGGCCUUGCAGCGGUACGUGGAGACCUGCAGAGAGUAUUUGAAGCUUCGAGACGCGCCCUGCGACGCGGGCUAUCCUGACUACACCUUGCAAGUGCAGCGAGCGUUGGAGGAUUUGCAGACAUUGGCCCUGCAGUUCACACAGCCGGAGCUGGACGAGCUGUGCCCCGGUGUGCGGGGGCAGCUGCAGACCUUCCUGGCAAUGGCGCAGAAGCAUGCUGCGGGCCUAAACUCCGAUGCCGCAAAGUGAGCGUCAGGGACUGCUUUGUGGCGUAGAGGAGCGUGUGACCCAUUU